ACAACAGCCCCUUACAACAUGACUACUGUGAGAGAAGAUACAAUAGAAAUAGCAGCUCUGGGGAGACCAUUUCAACUGGGAAUGCUGUAUGACUGCAGAAAAGAUGCAAUCGUACCAGGAAUCACGCUUUGGGAUCGAGAGCAGCUGCAGAACAAUACAGUUGCUCGUCCUCAUAUUAAUACAGAGUUCACAGUUGCAACUUCAGACACAAUUCAAGAAAAGGCAGAGCACCUAAAAGUUGAUGGUGAACUGAAACUGAGUCUUAUGGGAGGCCUUGUCUCAGUAAGUGGUGCAGCCCGAUAUUUCAAUGACAAUAAAAAGUCAUUUAUACAAGAGAGGUUGACGCUGCACUCCAGAACAAACACCAGGUUUGAGCAUCUGACUAUGAACCAUCUAGCACAAGGAAGAAUGGAUCACCAUGAUGUAUUUAAUCAUGAUGUCGCAACACACGUGGUUACAGCAGUGCUAUACGGAGCGGAUGCCUACUUUGUCUUUGAUAGAGAGGUGAAUUUAUCUGAGCACAAAAACAGCAUCGAGGGAGAAGUAAAUAUUGCUGUUGAUAAACUGAAGAUGCUUUCUUCUGCAGGUUCACAGGUAGCACUAAACCUGAAUGACAAAGAGAAAGAUGCAGUGAAAAAACUGAAUUGUACAUUUUAUGGCGAUUUCAUGUUGCCCUCUAAUCCAACAACUUUUGAAGAAGCUGUAAAGGUUUACACUGAUCUUCCAAAUAUGCUUGGACAGAAUGGAGAAUGUGCAGUUCCAGUGAAGGUGUGGCUUUAUCCUCUGGUCAAGCUGGACUCAAGGGCAGCCAAACUUCAAAAAAUUAUCACUAGAGAUCUUAUUCGAGCUACGGAGUCAGUAAUCGAGGAUUUGAAUGUCACAGAGAUGAAAUGA